UUCAUUUUUUUGCCUGUCAAAGAGGAAAGGGACAAAAAGGGCGGAAGCAGCUUUCUGUUCAUGGAGGCGCCCGCAAUCUCCCAUCCCUCAAUUGGAGCACCUCCCACCUCUAUCACACGGCAGAAGAAGCGACCCACUUGACGUAGACGGGGAGGAAGACGAUACAGAAACUGGCAUAAGGGGAGAGAAGGUGAAGCCGGAAAAAGCAGGGGAACGAUCGAUCGUCGGAAGGAAGGGAGAGGGAAGGGGCAAUGGCGAAGGGGGAAGAAGGGCGGCCGGGGUUGGGGGCUCCUUUGCUGCCGCAGCAGCAGAAGUCGGCUCCCGAGGGAAGAGCUUCGGCUUGGCAGACCUUCUUCAACAUCGUCGUCUCCAUUCUGGGCACCGGCGUCCUCGGCCUCCCCUUUGCCUUCAAAACGGCCGGCUGGCUCGUCGCGUCCCUCAUCAUCCUCCUCGCCGGUGUCUCCACCUUCUACAGCAUGAUCCUCCUGGUUGAAUGCAGGAAGAGCCUGGAGGAGAAGGGGGUGCCAGAGAUCUUCUCCUAUGGCGACAUUGGUGCUCUUGCUUUCGGCAGGAUAGGGCGUUACGCGACGGAAAUCACGAUUCUCGUCUCUCAAUGCGGCGGCUCGGUCGCCUACCUCGUGUUCAUCGGCCAGAAUCUCGCCUCCAUCUUCGCCUCCUACCACUUGAGCCAGGCUUUCUUGAUUUUCCUCUGUCUCACGCCGGUGGAAGUCGCCCUAUCCUUCAUCCGCCCCCUCUCUGCCCUUUCCCCCUUCAGCGCCUUCGCCGACCUCUGCAACGUCCUGGCCAUGGCGAUCGUCGUCAAGCGGGACCUCCAGCUCCUUCCGGGCAGCUUCCCGGCGACCAAGGCAGUCACCACCUUCUCGGCGCUGCCCUUCACCUUGGGCGUAGCUGUUUUCUGCUUCGAGGGCUUGAGCAUGACGCUGCCCCUAGAGUCCUCGAUGGCCGAGCCGGCGAGGUUCCCGGCGUGCCUGGCUCGGGCCUUCUCCGGCAUCACUCUCGUCUAUAUCUUCUUCGGCUUCUUAGGCUACGCGGCCUUCGGCGACGCCACCAUGGACAUCGUGACUCUCAACCUGCCGGGCGGCUGGUGGUCCGCCGCCGUCAAGGUGGGGCUCUGCGUCGCCUUGGUGUUCGCCCUCCCCAUCAUGAUGCACCCCGUCCACGAGAUCAUUGAGGCCAAGCUGAGGGACGCCGGCUCGAGCUCGACCUGCCGUUGGGCGGAGCCGCUGGCGAGGGGAUUCGCCGUCGUGGCGAUGGCGGCCGUCGCGUCGUUCGUGCCGGGGUUCGGGAUGUUCGUGUCUCUGGUCGGGAGCACGGUCUGCGCGUUGCUGUCCUUCGUCUUCCCGGCGGCGCUCCACCUGAAGUUAGUCGGCGGCGCCGCCUUGAGCCCUGGGAGGAAGGCACUGGACGUCUUCAUCUUGCUUUUUGGCUUGGCAUUUGCUGCCUACGGCGCCGCAAGCAAUGUUCAUUGAACUCAAUUUUUGAACCGAAUUGCUUUUUUUCCACCAAAUAAUAUGUCAUGUCCCCUGAUGUGUCAAAAAAUUUAUGGAUUGUCUAACUAAAGAUCUUACUUGUCA